UGUGUGUGUGUGUGUGUGUGUGUGUGUGUGUGUGUGUGUGUGUUUAACCCUGUGCAGUCGUGUAUCUUACAUGUGCAUGUGUUUAGGAGACGUCCUUGAAUUACCCUGCGUUCACAAACCUGAAUUGUCGUUAGCCUCUUGUCGUUAGCCUAUUGCUCCAAGUAGACUUCACUUUUUUGGAGAGUGACUUGAGACAUCAUGGGGUUCCUGCUCUCCAAGUCUAUGGAUGCAAGCCUUCAAAAGCAGCAAGAGUUCAUGCUCCAUAAUGCCCGGCUACAGAUGGAGCGUCAGAUCAUGAUGCAAAACCAGAUGAGAGAGCGGCAGAUGGCGAUGCAGAUUGCCUGGUCCAGAGAGUUUCUCAAAUACUUUGGCACUUUCUUUAGUGUGGCCUCGUUAGGCCUCUGUGUUGGUGCCAUAAAGAGAAGAAAACCAGGGCUCUUAGGUCCCAUUGUUCCUCUUGGUUUCAUCUUUGCUUAUCAGCUUGACAUGGCCUAUGGAACAUUUGUUCAUCGGAUGAGAGAGGAGGCUGAAAGCAUCAUGUCAUCUGAGGGCGAUCGUUUGGAUUUGCCUCUUGGGAUUCCAACCUUUGACAGCAUAGAGAAAGCUCGCCGUGCCAAAAACACACUCACCUCCUUUUUGGAGAAAUGAUGUUUGUUUGUAGUUUUACUUCUUUUUGGAAAUGUCAUGUGUUGCUGAAUACAAAUUUGCACUAAUUGUAAAACAGAACAUUGCACUAUA